AUGCUACUAGAAGCUCAUCAAGCAAUUGCUCUCAUGGAUCCUGAACAUUGUACGCUCGAUACCUGUCCCAUACAGAAUGCCUACAUCCAUUACCAGCCCACCAUCGCGGGCAACAGUGUCUACCUGGCACUAUUCGGCAUCUUCCUCUUCACCCAACUAAUCCAGUCCAUUUUCUUUCGCAUGUGGGGAUUCGCCGGAGCUAUGGCAGCUGGACUAGUUCUUGAGAAACUUGAUUUGUCUCAGCCUUGGACCGGUUUUCUUCUGUGCUGCCCUCUACCUGCUCCUCGGCUAGAUCAUCAUCAUCUACCACGGCGAAGAGAUCUCGCGGUUGAAGCCCAGAAACUAUGCCAUCUUCUUCGUUUCAUGCGAUGUCAUUGCGCUCAUCCUGCAGAGCGCCGGUGGAGCUCUUACCUCUGCGGCCGAAGAUGCCGAUGGUCGACAAAUGGGAUUGAACGUCAUGAUUGCCGGUCUAGUCUUCCAGGUUGCUGCACUGACUCUUUUUAUUGCCCUAGCUUCAGUUUGCAAUCUGUCUACGACGUCGACAUCUCAAGGGAGAAUAUCAGUGACCUGGCCAACAACGAGAUAGCAUUUAUGAUUUUGGAAGGAGCGAUGGUUUCGAUCACCUGCCUUUGCUUGACAAUUAUGCAUCCAGGGAUAUACUUGGGGAGUCGGAACAAGCGCAAGGGUGUCCUGAGCGAAGACGUUGCCAUGCUAUCAAUGAGGUAA